AUGCCAGUCUUAGAAGAAGGAAAAGAAGAAAUAUGCUCAAUAUCACAUUGUAAUCAAUAAGUUCGUUAACAAAUGUAAUUAUAUUGUCUUUCUAUUUGUACAGUUGAUAAUUAUGAAUUGCACAUGUUGCUGAUGAUUUACAAAGACUUGGCAGACCGUUCUUAAAAUCGCUUAAUUUGUAGAGACACCUUCAAUACUUAUUUUAAAAUUAUAGGAAUAUGGGGCGAAUAAAUAUUCAAUAAAUUUACACACAAAUAAGAACACUAUAUGAGUUUUGAAGAAUUUCUUACUGGAUUGUAAAUGUAUAUAAAAUGUUCAGAAGAUCAGCAAAUCAAAAAUUUAUUUAAAUUGUAUGAUCUGCAAAAUCAAAAUGGUAUUGCUAAAACUGAUUUUUUACAAAUGUUACACAAUUAUUCCAAAGAAGAACUUAAGAUUAUCUUGAAUGAUUAAUUAUUUCUAGAAGAAUAAGAAAUCAUAAAUGCCUAUCAUCGCACCAAACGAGUCAAACCUCGAAAAGGAAGUGAAGACUUUCUCAAAAUGUCACUUUAAAUGUUAAGAAAGUACAGCAACCUUUCAGAAAAUAAGGAGUCUAAUUAAAAUGAACAUUAAAACCUCUAAUAACCUGACGGCUUGCAAAGUCUGAACUCCAAAUAAUCGAUUGAUUAGAUCUUCACAUUGGACAGCAAAGCACAAUUAAAUGGCAUUCCUAUGAAAGGAUUUGGCAUCAACCUCACAUUUCAAGUCAAUGGAUAGAAGAUUGAAAUGCAAGCCAAUUUGAAUCUAUUAAUCAAGAAAUACGUGGAAAUGGUUUACAAGGCAAAGAAUGAUUUACCUAUAAAUUUGGAAGAUUUUACAACAUUCGUUAAGCAUCAUCCAAAUUUGAUUAUGCCAUUGUAUUGUGUAUUCAAUUUUGAUGUUUGGGGAUUGUAGAAUAAUCUACCUAAAUACAAGAAUUUACCAUUAGAUAUCCAGGGAGAAUUAUAUAGAAUGUCAAAGAAGAACAAAAUAAAAUCUAAGUUCUGCCAACUCUAUCCGAAUAUCUUGAUGGAAUUUAAGAAUAAAAAUGACAUCAAGCCAACAAAGAUUAUUUGUUUGAGUGGAUUGAUAAUCAAAGAAAGUGUUGAUUUAACCAAUUAGAAAUUUGGAUUCGAAAUCUUCCAUAUGAAUUAACAUUAUAAACAUAAAGUCUAUCAUUGCUCUGAUGAAAUGUCAUUCAGAGACUGGCAACGAGCUUUGUCUCUAUAUUUUAAUGGAGAAGUUAAUAAGAAAUAUUCUAUUCUUAAUAAAAUAGGGGAAGGGAAAUACUCCAUUGUCUACAGAUGUCAAGCUAAGAUGGAUUAGCAAUUCUACGCAUUAAAGGUAAUCAAUAAGAUGAAUCUUCCCCAGGAAGAGUAGGAUAUAGUGAAACAUGAAAUAAGUAUAACCAAAUUAUUAAAUCAUUCUUGUAUAAUUAAUUUGAUCGAUUCUAUUGAGAAUAGGGAUCAGAUUCAUAUAAUUACAGAAUUAAUAGAACAUGGAGAUCUAUUUGAUUAUGUUUAAAAUAAACAAUACUUAGAGGAAAGUGAGGCAGCCAUUAUAUUUCAUUAGUUACUAGAUGCUCUGUAAUACAUUCAUUCGAUUGGAAUAGUACACAGAGACAUUAAGCCUGAGAAUAUUUUGAUGGUCUUGGAUAAGAAUACUGUUAAGCAAAUUAAAUUGAUUGAUUUUGGUUUGGCUAAUCAUCUCUCAAAGAUCCAAAAAAAUAGCGAACAUUUGAAUUAUCAUUGUGGAACAUGCAAUUACUAAGCACCUGAAAUGCUACAAUUUUAAGAAAUAACAUUUUCAGUUGACGUUUUCGCACUUGGAGUGAUAUUGUAUUAUAUGCUAAGUGGAUACUUGCCAUUUGAUUCUGACAUACCAUACGAGAUCAUAUAGAAUACCAUUAAUGGCAUUUAUAGUAUGGACGAUUAUCAUUGGCAAUGUGUAAGUGAGGAAGCAAAAGACCUGAUAGUGGGGUUGUUACAGAAUUAGCCUGGUAAGAGACUUACUCUAAAGGAGGCCAAGGAGCAUAUGUGGAUGAAAAACUAAUUGGUUAAGAAUAAUAAGUGA